AUGGGCGCAGCUUCAGAGUUCGCGGUGACUUACACUGCAGAAGUCUCGGGGCCGAGGUACACAUCCGUGGAUGACUUGCGACUCGAGGAACGAGGAAUCAAGUACGUGCGCGUCCAGUAUGUCGACUAUGGAAACACGGUCCGUUUCCGGGUCCUCCCCGUCUCGUACUUCAAGCGCGUCUGCAAGGUCGCGCGCCCGAGCCUCAUCAUAUCGCCGUUCGCCCUCGCAUUCGUCGGUAUCAGGUUCGCUGGUGGCUUUCGCCGCACCGACGACUGCCUCCAUGUGAUAGACCUCAACAGCUUCCGCGUAUGCACGUACGCACCCGGGCAUGCCGUCGUCAUGACGUGGUUCCAGGAGAAGGUACCGUUACCGACCGCUGGGCUAGCGAUGUCGAUCUGUCCGAGGACGAUGCUGCAGAAGGUCGUUGACGAAGCGCGGGCGAAGGCUGGGUUGACGUUCCUGGUCGGCUUCGAGUCCGAGUUUCUCUUGUUGAGAAAGGCAUCGUCGCCGCCGGAGUUGGUGAACGACGCGGGGUGGGGGUGCUCCUUGGGAUAUCGCACCGGUGCCGUCGAGAGCGCCGUCCUCGAUGAGAUCGUCGAUUGCAUCGAGGGGGCCGGCGUAGAGGCGCAUUACAUCCAUGGGGAGGCCGCGCCCGCGCAGUACGAACUAGUGACGGGGCCAAUGUCCCCGCUUGAGGCUGCCGACGCCUUGGUGUUCACACGUGAGACCAUCUACAACAUCGCGCACAAGCACGGACUUCGCGCGACGUUCGCUCCACGACUGUUGUCUGAGAGCAGUGAGUGUAGUCAACCCCUUUGCGGUGCUCUCGCCUUCGGUGCUCUUCGCCCUCUCCGUAGUCGGAGCGGCGCACAUAUGCAUCUCUCUCUGCACUCCAGCGCACCAGUUGCGAAGCCCGACACCCGGCUAGACGCCGCAUUGGCACCCGAGCUCACGCCCACCGAACGCUCGUUCCUACAAACGCUAGUGGAGCACAUCGCCUCCCUCAGCGCGAUCACUCUACCCACCAACGCCUCCUACGGGCGCGUCGAAGACGGCAUUUUCUGGGCGGGACGUAUCUUGGCAGCUGGGUUGAAAGGCGUGCUCAGCGGGGCGGAGCUCAAGACCGGCAACUGCGCCAAGCCAGCGGCUCAGAUGAGCGAGGAGGAGAGGAGGGCGGUGGGGCUGGAGAACCCCCGUCGGUUCCCGCGCAUAGUUGGCGACGCGAGACAGAUGCUGGACAAGGAUACAUACUUGAAGGAGACCCUGGGUGACGAAUUCGUGGGCGUUUACCUUGGAUUGUUAGAGGAACAUAUGACGCUUCCUACGGAGGAGGCGACCAUUACACGCCUUAUUGAGACUUUCUAG